AUGCGUGAUAAACUUAAGAUCCCAGAGGAAGAUAUCGAACAGAUCCGUUUCAAACGCGUUCACUGCAUCCCUACUAAGAAAAAUACGAGUCAAGGACAGAACUCCAAACUUAGGCCUAUUAUAGCUAAAUUUAGCUUCUUUCAAGACAAGGAGUAUGUUUGGUCUUUUGUUAAAAACUUGAAAAACACUAACAUUUCAAUCGCGAAUGAUUUCCCCCGGGAAAUUGAUGAGAUACAGAAAACGUUAUAUCCCAUCUUGAAAAAGGCCAAACAGAGAAAGCAAACAGCCUAUUUCAAAGUUGAUAAGCUAAUUAUAAACGGGCAAAUCUACAGAGGUGAAGAAACAACCAAUCUCCCAUACUACGGUCUCAUUAUGGACACAAGAAACAGCGGAAACCAAAGCCAAAGCGGUCACAGCGUGACAGCACAUCAAUAGUUAAGUUUAGUUUAAGGUUUAUGUGUGUAAUAAGUGUUAAACUAUUUAACCCUUCUUGUUUAAUUAGAAAUGUGAAUGCUCUGGAAACUUCUUACUUGAUAUGUUACUGUAUGUUUUUCUGUAGAUUAAUAAUUUGUUUUAGGGCGAAUAUUAUCGUUUAUGUGCACUAUAUUUUCUUGCACUCUGCUAUACCAUCGACUUCAUUUUCAUUUUAUAUGACUUCUUCUAUAAUACCAAUUCCCCGAUUCAGCUCUAAUGACCGAUCAUUCUCUUAAUCUACUAUCUCUCAAUGCGAGGGGACUAAGCAAUUUCAGAAAAAGGCGAACGAUUUUCACGUGGUGUCGAAAACGAAACUCGGAUAUAAUAUUCCUGCAAGAAACUCAUUUGACAUUGUCAACACAGUUAAAAUGGAAGAACGAAUGGAGUGCAGAACUUAUUUGCUCCCAUGGGAGCUCAAACUCUCGAGGUGUUGCAAUCUUAAUCAAAAAAGGUCUUGAUUGCCUUACUCACUCUCAAAUUGUAGAUACAUCGGAGAGGUAUAUCAUUGUUAAAGCCGCUAUCAAAGAUAAAAUGUAUGUUCUUGUAAACAUUUAUGCACCAAAGACGAAGACAUCAUUAAAUUCUUCAAAAAUGUGUUAUCUAAGCUGCAGACCGAAAAUUUAG